AUGAGCACCGAGACCAUCUCGUUCCCCGGCGCCAAGUCGCCCGGCAUCACCAAUGCCACCCGCCACGCCUGGAUCACCUCGGACGACGUCGAGGCCGCCGAGUCGUCCCGGCGCGGGCCCUUUGAGCCGCACGACGACCACGACGGCGACUUCGUCACCACCACCGAGGACCGCGACCUGAAGCGCGGCCUCGAGCAGCGCCACCUGUCCAUGCUGGGUAUCGCCGGCGCCAUCGGCACCGGCCUCUUCCUCGGCCUCGGCGGCGCCAUCCAGACCGGCGGUCCCCUCGGCGCCCUGCUCGGCUACGCCACCGUCGGCCUCAUCGUCUGCGCGGUCCAGUUCGCCCUCGGCGAGGUCUCGGCCCUGCUGCCCGUCACCGGCUCCUUCGUCCGCCACGCCGAGUUCCUCGUCGACCCGGCCUGGGGCUUCGCCAUCGGCUGGAACCUCGUCUACGGCAACAUCCUCUCCAUCCCCUCCGAGAUCACCGCCAUCUGCGUCCUCUUCGAGUUCUGGACCGACCUGAACCCCUCCGUCUUCAUCGUCGUCUUCAUCGUCCUGACCUUCGUCGUCGGCAUCGCCUUCAUCCGCGUCUUCGGCGAGGUCGAGUUCUUCUUCGCCCUGCUCAAGAUCCUGCUCGUCGUCUUCCUCAUCAUCCUCGGCCUCGUCAUCGACCUCGGCGGCGUCCCCGGCACCCCGCGCAUCGGCUUCCGCUACUGGCAGAGCCCCGGCCCCUUUGUCGAGCACAUCGCCACCGGCGACUGGGGCAAGUUCCUCGGCUACUGGGGCGUCAUGACGAGCGCCGUCUUCUCCUUCGCCGGCGUCGAGUCCCUCGCCAUGGCCGCCGCCGAGACCCAGAACCCGCGCCGCGCCAUCCCCCGCGCCUGCAAGCGCGUCUUCGCCCGCAUCGUCCUCUUCUACAUGCUCGCCGUCCUCGUCGUCGGCAUGCUCGUCGCCAGCAACGACCCGCGCCUCGACGACGCCUACGGCACCGCCGCCCAGAGCCCCUUCGUCAUCGCCGCCUCCGCCGCCGGCAUCCCCGCCAUCCCCAGCGUCGUCAACGCCGUCGUCAUCACCUCGGCCUGGUCCGCCUCCAACCAGAGCCUGCUCGCCGGCACCCGUGUGCUGUUCGGCCUCGCCCUCAAGGGGCAGGCCCCCAAGAUCUUCCUCCGCACCACCGCCUGGGGCACCCCCUACGUCUGCGUCCUGCUCUUCACCUGCUUCAUGCUCCUCAGCUUCAUGAGCCUGUCCAACGGCGCGCUGACCGUCUUCUGGUGGCUCGUCGACCUGACCGCCGCCGGCGUGCUGGUGUCGUGGUCCGCCAUCCUGUUCAACCACAUCCGCCUCAAGAAGGCCAUGAGGAAGCAGGGAAUCGACUUUGACAGGCUGCCCUGGAACAACUCGUGGACCUUCUACAGCUCACACGUCGCGCUGUUUAUGUGCAUCGUGAUCCUGUUCACCAGCGGUUUCGAGGUCUUCACCAAGGGCAACUGGAGCGCCAGCGGCUUCGUCUCGUCCUACUUGGAUAUCCCGCUCGUCACGUUGGCGUUCCUCAUCUGGAAGUUCGUCAAGAAGACCAAGGCCGUCUCUCUGGACAGCAUCCCGCUCCACGAUGCUAUCGAGCAGGCUGAUGCGUAUCCCGAGGAGCCAGAAGUCAAGAAGACUGGUCCUAUUCGCUUCGUCAGCUGGCUUUGGGAGUGA